AUGAAGCGUGACGGUCGCGAGUUUGAUAACGAAGUUCCUCCGAAAAAGGUGCAAAGGGGGGAUGUUUCGAAUAUAGCAGUAAGGUUUUUGAUACCAGCUCGUGCUGCCGGCCUAAUUAUCGGCAAGGGAGGUGAAAACAUAAAGAGGAUUCGGAACCAGUUCUCAGUGAGACUGAAUAUUCCCGACACGAGGGGCAUUGAACGUGUUUUCACGAUUGAAGGCGCGUUGGGUGAUAUUUGCAACGUAUGGAGAGAUAUAAUGCCGAAGCUGAAGGAUGUCAUGAGUGCAAAACUUUCCGACCCCAAGGUGAUAAUGGGUCAGCAGCGUUUCCCUCGUCGAAGACAGCAGCGAAAUCAAGGUGAAGGUGAUCAGCCAGAGAAUGAAGAUGCGGAGGAGGAGGAGAAGAUGGUGGAUUUGAGGCUACUGGUGCAUCAGAGCAUCGCCGGAUGCAUUAUUGGCAAGGGUGGCGAGAGGAUACGCGAAUUGAGGCAGAAAUACCAGAUGCGGGUGAUUAAGGUGUAUCAAAUGCUCGCACCCUGUUCCACCGAUCGUGUCGUUCAGUUGAUUGCGGAACCGGAAAAUGCGGUCCAGUGUAUGGAGGCGAUUGUGGAAGUUGCUGAGAAUACUACAAUUCGCGGACCUACCGAGCCCUACGAUGCGUCAAACUGUAGUGAGGCGGACGCGCUGACUUACGGAGGGUGGCUGUCUCCAGAGGGUCUUCAAGCCCUCUCUCAGGGCAUGCCGAUAGGCUCUGGGGGAGGUGGCGGUGGUCGGCGGGCCUGGGCCCAUGGUGGUGUUCCUCCCCCUCAUCCUCCACCACCGCCGGCUAUGUAUCUUGGACGCCAGCAACAAUCACAGCAACAGCAACAAAUGCAGCAGCGCGGUGUCGGCGGUCCACCAAUAUACCAACAGCCUCCACCACCACCACCGUCGCAGUUUGCACCUCGUGGUCUUCCGCCCAGACAGCAACAAUGGGGUUAUCCUGAUGGCUAUGGUGAUGCUACCUCUGCUGUUGGUAGUGGUGGUUACCCUGGCUAUCCCCCUCCUCCCCCUCCACAGCAGCAGCCACAACAGCAACAAGCACCGCCUAUGCCGGUGGCUCCACCGAUUCAGCAAUCUACGGUGCUCGGCGCUGGUGGCGUGGGUGUCGGUGGUUACGACAAUGCUGGGCUUUAUGCGCAGCCUCCGCAGAGUACGGGAUAUAAUGUGCCGCCGCCCCAGGUUCCUGCUGGAGCUCCGCCUGCAGCGGCAGCAGCGAUGUACAGGAUGAAUGCACCCCUGAACAACCCCGCAGCAGCGGCUGCCGCGGCCGCGGCGGUAGCAGCAGCUGCUGCGGCAGCCACGGGAGGUGGCGGUGGUGGUGGUGUUGGUGGAGCACCAAUGUACGGAGGCCUCGCUCCUCCCACCGUUCCCGGCGGUGGUGGUGGUGGUGGCCCACCUCAGCCACCAGCGCCGGUCCCACAGCCCUCUCCGUACGGUUACGCGAUGGGUGCAGCGGCGGCAUCGGGGCUGCCAGCGCCGAAUGUUCCGCCCCCAACCGCUGCCACUGCCGCUGGGUAUCCACCUGGCGGAGCUUGCACCGCCAAUUUUGGUACUUCUGUUUUUGUGAGGAUGUCCCGAUUACACGAGUUGGCAGUUGAUUUGGGCAUUGAAGUGGACAAAUUUGCCAAUCGAAUCGAAGAAGAAAAACGCAGAAUAAAUGAAGCAAAGGCUCGAUUCGACCGCCAAUUGAAACAACGCCUAGACAGGGAGGAGGAGGCAUCAUCACUGGAGGCUGAUUUGGAGCGCCUUCAGAAGACCUUGUUCGUACCGACCUCUGCAGCCGCCACGACCACAUGUGGGCCCUACCUACUGAAGGCUCUGGGCGAAGUUAGGGCUGCGGCUCAGCGUAUGAGGGAUGAAAGAAUGGAGAUCCUAACUGAAUACAGGACCAAGCUGGAUCAGUGCGAGGUGUUAUGUCGUCGGAACGCCAUGCUGGAGGCCUUCAUUGACACCUGGCGCAAGAGUCUAGCUGAAGGCAAGAAUCUCUCUGAGUUGCCGGAACUCAUCAAGAAAUUAUCGGAGGAAGUGGCUCACUUCUACUCCACUCCUGUGCACCAGUUGCUGGAAGAGGCGCUAGCAGAGACACCCAACGCGGCCGGCGAUUCCGCUAUGGAGGUUUCAACGAUAAGUGCGUCUGCAACUGGGACGAUGCUGCCACCGGUUCCCCCUGAGACAGUGAAACUCCCGACUACCACAGCGACGCGUUCAGGUCUGGUGGACGAAGCAAUCUGCAAUGCGACGACGGUGGAGACGUCGAUGUUUCGGGUUCGUGGCGGUACAGAACCCUCCAUCCUCCUUGGGCAAAGCAGCCUGGGCGAGUUUAGCCGCCUUGACUGUCUGGAUGCUACGCUAACGGAUGGGCAGGGCAUCUACUCAGAAGAGGCGCUUCACAAGCUGAUGCAGGCGAGAGCUGAUGUGACACUCGACCAGGAUCAAACUCUCUAG